UUGAGUCAAGAUAAUGCUUGCGCAAGAACAUGCUCUUUUCCCCUUUUCUCCCGAGGUAGUGUGCGCUUGGCUUACGGCUGGCUUGUAGGAGAGAGAAGACUAUCAUGGCCACGGACAAGAUCACCUUCUUGACAAACUGGCAUGCGACGCCGUACCACGCCCCGCUGUACCUCGCGCAGAAGCUCGGGUAUUUCGCCGACGAGGGCAUCAAGGUUGCCAUCCUGGAACCCAACGAUCCGAGCGAUGUCACCGAGAUCAUCGGCUCCGGCAAGGUCGACAUGGGCUUCAAAGCCAUGAUCCACACGCUCGCGGCCAAAGCACGCGAUUUCCCCGUCACGUCCAUCGGCUCCCUGCUCGACGAGCCCUUCACCGGCGUCGUCUAUCUCAAGGACUCGGGCGUCACGACCGACUUUCGCUCGCUGAAGGGCAAGCGGAUCGGCUACGUCGGCGAGUUCGGCAAGAUCCAGAUCGACGAGUUGACCAAGUACUACGGCAUGAAGCCGGACGACUACACGGCCGUGCGGUGCGGCAUGAAUGUCAGCAAGGCCAUCAUCCAGGGCGAGAUCGACGCCGGGAUUGGUCUCGAAAAUGUGCAGAUGGUUGAGCUAGAGGAAUGGUUGAAGGGCCAAGGAAGACCGGCAGACGACGUGCAGAUGCUUCGUAUCGACGAGCUGGCCGAGCUGGGCUGCUGCUGCUUCUGCUCGAUCCUCUACAUCGCCAACGACGCCUUCAUCGCCGCCAACCCAACCAAAAUCAAGUCCUUCCUGCGCGCCGUCAAGCGUGCGACAGACUACACCCUCGCAUCCCCCGCCGAGGCAUUCGCGCAAUACAUCGCCAUCAAACCAACCAUGGACACGCCCGUCAACCACAAGAUCUUUGAGCGCUCGUACGCGUACCUGUCCGCCGACCUCAAGAACGUGCAGCGCGACUGGGACAAGGUGACGCGGUACGGCAAGCGGCUCGGGGUCUUGGACGCCGCGUUUGUGCCCAACUACACCAACGAGUAUCUCGGCUGGGUGGUGGAGGAGGAGAGUGCGGAUCCGAUGGGUGAUCAGCGGCGGAUGGUGGAGUUGCAGAAGGAUGUUGCGUGUAGGGGUGGGUUCAGGAGGCUUCAGCUAGGUCGUGUUGCUGGUUAAGGGGGGGAUGUGUGCGAUGGGGGUUGUUGGGUGGAUGGAUGGGAUAUGCUGUGUGCGCUCACUGUAGUCUCUCUUUAACGCUCUGGUAGAAGUAUGAGUAACGUGGAUGGAGAAUAAAAGACCGAUUAAUCGCGAG